AUGCGGUCGGCUCUUGCAGCCUCAGCCCUUCUCCUAUCCAUCAGUCUGCCUGCAACAUAUGCCUAUACCGAGGAAUACAAUGGCUGUUACUCCGACUCGACGCCACUGAAAGAUCAGGGAACCUAUACAUAUCAGAGUGAUGGAUACUGUCAGAAGCUGUGUUUGAAGGACAACUACUCGGUCUUUGCCCUGCAUAACGGACAGGACUGUCUCUGCGGUAACCUGCUACCUGCCUCGUCAGCAAAGGUUGAUGACAGCAAGUGUAAUACCGCAUGUGCCGGCUGGCCUUCUGUGGACUGCGGUGGCAGCAAUACUUAUUCCGUCUACCUUACUGGCAUUGAGAAUGACGUCGACCAUUAUUCCGCCUCGAGCACAAGUACCUCCAGCAGCGACAGCGAAACGUCUACAUCAUCGACCCAAGAAGCCCAUGUCGUCACUAGCUCUGGCACCACACAAACCGUGUAUGCAACGUCCGGGACCGAUGCGAGCGCAUCUGCAACUGCCGAGGGUGCCACUGAAGCUUCAAAGAAGAAGAGCUCAAGUGCCAACACUGCUGCCAUUGCAGCAGGCGUUGUCGUGGGUGUCGUAGGAGCUUGUGCUCUUGCUGGCGCUGGCUUCUUCCUGUGGCGCUUCAAAAACCGCAAGUCGCAAUACCGUCGUAGUGUUGGUGUGGACAACUAUGGCAACCCGAUGUCCCAACACUCCAUGUCGGAUUCCCGUUUCGAUGGUGAUUUCAUGGCGCAGCGCCGUCAGAGCAAUGGCAGCAUCGAUGAUGACCAAGACUUCUCUCGUCGCAUCCUGCAGGUGACUAACCCCGAUCGACGCUAG